UGAAAAGAAACACGUGUAAAGUGUGUAACCCGGACUUGGGUGACUAAGCCGGAGUCUAAUUAAACACAUGCUUGCGGCGCCCAACGGUAUUAUAACCUGCUCUUGCUCCAGUCACAUCAAGCAUCAACAUUAAUCUCUCCACGUACGAUGGCUUCAUCAAGCGCUAGAGCAAAGCUUCUUGCUAAGAAUGAUAACGACGUCGUUAUUGUAGCCGCGGUGCGGUCUGCUCUCACUAAGGGCAGGAAAGGUGGCUUCAAAGAUACUCAUCCAGAGGAGAUCCUGUCCGGUGUUUUGAAAGCCGCCUAUACUAGAGCCAUGGUUAAUCCCGUCCUUAUUGAAGACAUCGCUGUCGGAAACGUCCUACCUCCCGGUGGUGGCGCCAGUGCUGCUCGCAUGGCUGCCCUUCAUGCAGGAAUUCCAAACACAACUCCAAUAAACACCGUAAAUCGUCAAUGCUCGUCAGGUCUUGCAGCUGUCAAUCAGAUUGCCAACGAAAUAAUUGCUGGACAAAUCGACAUCGGUAUUGGUUCUGGAGUUGAAUCCAUGACGUUUGGAUAUGGCGCUGGAUCCUUACCUCAUGGUUGGUCAGAUGAGGUCCUCACCAACCAGGAAGCAGAGGACUGUUUGAUUCCUAUGGGUCUGACCUCUGAGAACGUUGCCUCUGACUUUGGCAUUUCUCGCGAGGUACAGGACAAGUUUUCAGCUGAGUCCUAUCAAAAGGCUGCUGCCGCUCAAAGGGCUGGAAAGUUUAAGGAUGAGAUUGUCCCUCUGAAGGUCAAGAUAACCGAUCCGAAAACCGAAAAGGUUUCUGAGAUUGUCGUUGACGCGGACGAUGGUAUUCGUGAUGGUGUCACCGCAGAAAGUUUGUCAAAACUUAAGCCCGCAUUCACGAAGAACGGUUCGACACACGCUGGAAGUGCUUCACAGGUAUCUGAUGGCGCAGCUGCUGUAGUCCUUGCUCGCCGCUCCGUUGCCAAGCGGUUAGGUCUUCCCAUCGUCGGCAAAUACGUUACUUCAGCAGUUGUGGGCGUGCCACCGCGUAUCAUGGGCGUUGGCCCAGCAUAUGCCAUUCCUAAAGUCCUGGAGAAAACAGGACUCUCCAAGGACGAUGUCGACUUCUACGAAAUCAACGAAGCUUUCGCAUCACAAGCUGUGUACAGCAUUCAGAAGGUUGGCUUGUCGUUUGACAAAGUCAAUAUCAACGGGGGUGCAAUCGCAAUCGGACAUCCACUGGGAUGCAGUACGGGAGCACGUCAAAUUGCUACUGGUCUCAACAUCGCGAAACAACGUAAUGAGCGAGUGUUCGUCACCAGUAUGUGUAUUGGCUCAGGAAUGGGCAUGGCAGCUGUGCUCGUCAGCGAACAUUGAAACCCAUAGUAAUAGUAUUAUCAUAUUGCUUUCGAUCUCUCAUGAGGCUGUU